ACCUGUAAGUGACACACUCAUCCAUACACAUCGACUUUGAUACUCGACUAAUCAAGUCGGAACACAAACAACAUGUCAGCACUAAGAUUAGUCAUUUUCACCACCGCCAUCAUAGCUGGUUGCAACGCCAGCGGAUUUGGUCACAUAGUGCCGGCUGCAGUCAAAUCGUUUCCUAUUGUCCGAUAUGCUCCUUUCUAUAACUUCCCUGGAGUUGUGAGGUCAAUACAUGCCGUAGCACCAGCAGUUGCACCGGCGCCAGUCCUACCAGCUCCAUUACCAGCGAGGUUCAUACCAGCACCAGUAGCCCCAGCACCGAUCCUGCCUGCUCCGGCCCCUAUAUUCCCGGCACCAGCACCUGUCCUGCCGGCUCCAGUACCAGCUCCGGUACCAUUCGCGCCUGCCUUUGCUCCAGCUGUGGCACCUGCCUUCGCACCACCAGUAGCGCCUGCUUUUGCACCAGCGGUAACACCAGCCUUCGCUCCACCUGUCGCGCCUGCCUUCGCUCCAGCACCAUUUUUUGCAUCUGCCCUCCCGAAGUUAGCUCCUGCUGUGCCUGUACUGCCUAGGUUAGCUCCUGCUCUGCCAGUGUUGCCUAGAUUAGCUCCUGCUGUGCCUGCUUUCCCGGCCCCGUUGUUUGCUCGUGCAGUUCCUGCUUUACCUGCGGCUCCGUUCGCACCGAUCAUAAGGCCCGUGGCCCCGGCGCUGCCUGCAGUCGCCCCGGCGUUACCAGCCCCAGUAUUCCCUCCAGCUCCAUUUGCAGUAACAAGAGCUCUACCUUACGGUAUUGCACCAUACGCGCCCCUAGCGCCUAUUGUCAAACAAGUUGCGUGGAAAUGAUCUAGUCAAAUAAUUUAGAAACAAAUAUAGCAUAGAAUUGUUAUUGUUAGUGUUGACUUGUUGUAUAUAAUAUGUUAAGGCUGUUUUAUACGAAAUUGAUAAAUAUUUUAUAAAAAAAAA